AUGGACGAUGAGUGCCCUCCGACGGAGCAUGGAGGGUAUGGUCAUAGCUGCACCCUGACAGCAGCCCCCGUGGGGAACGAGGAGCCCACGGCCGCCAAGAAUCCAGUUCUCAAAGCUUUGCUGCAUGUGAAAUGGGCCAACUUGCUGCAGAAGGCCGGCCAGCAUGAACGUGCUGCAGAACACUUUGCAUCUUCGCUUGCGAUCGUUCCAUCUGGUCAAGCAUACUUUGGUCGUGGAUUAGCUUUGGCGAAGCUCCGCCGUUGGCAGGAGGCUGCCGACGCAUUCGAGUCUGCAGUGCAACGGUGCCCGCGAAUGGCCGGCGCAUGGACCAACUUGGCAGGUGUCGAGCUGUCUCUGGGCCGCUGCGAGUCAGCCGAAGCCCACUGUCGCAAGGCCUUGGAGCUGGAGCCCGACAGCCGAGAGGCGGUGAUGAAUUUAGCAAAUGCGCUGCGCAACCUGGGACGUCGUAGAGAAGCGGUCCAGGCAGUGUGGGAGCGCAUCUUGCACCACGAGUCCCAGGAGGGCGAGAAGAAGGAGAGGCCCACCCCCCUCAAGCUUGCUGACGCGGAGAAGUUGGACCCGGGUCCAGAUCCUUCAUUGGUCGUUGCCUGCCUGAAGUGGGGCAAGCGUUACUCGUCUGUCUAUGUCAACCGACUUUGGGCGGCCUCGCGGCGACAUCUUCGAAUGCCUGCGCGUUUUGUGUGCUUCACGGAGGACCCAGCAGGAUUGGAUGACAGCAUUGAAGCACGGCCCCUUCCUGCUAGUUUGCCGCUGUGGUGGGGUAAGGCUUACCUCUUCAGUGAGGAAGCAGGACUCGAUGGGAAUCGCGUGUUAUUCUUGGAUCUUGACCAGGUCAUUCUCGGCGACCUGGAUCCUCUCGCUGCCUACAGCGGCCCAUUUGCUUUGCUCGGCACAGAGGACGUCGCUUGCGAGCUGGCACUUGGAGGAUACAACUCGUCAGUGAUUUGCUGGACAGCUUCGCCUUUCUUCCGACAGCUCUACGACUGCCUGACGCCAUCCGUUCUCCGGUUCGUGCAUCGCUUCGAUCACUGGCUGGAGAUGAUGGUAGAAGAUGCCGACCGAUGGCAGAGCCUCCUGCCGGGCAAGAUCUUGGACUACACCACUGUUUUCCGAGCUGGCGUCUGUCUAGGAUGCGAGACGGAUGACAGCAGCUUUGCAGUCGGGAGCACAUCAGAAGAGAAGGAGGUGCUCAACAUGGACGAUCCUCCGGCCGGAUGCGCAAUUGUGACCUUUCCUAGAAGCCCAAAGCCGCACGAAGUGGUGGAGUUGCACGGCUGGGUUCUAAAGCAUUGGGGGCCAUCGCUGGAUGCAGCCAAAGCCUUUCCUCCAGGGUAG